AUCCACACAGCCUUCAUUUUGCAUGAGGGAAGUGCAGCACACAUCCGAUGCGCAAGAUGGCGGUAUAACUGUCAUGUAGUCCUCCGCCACCGAAAACAAAACAAAGAGCAAAAUCAUUCUGCGCUCUAACGCACGUGGAAACUGUGUGAUAAAUACGUUUAAAGAUGACAUCCUUAGCACAUCAGUUGAAGCGACUGGCAUUGCCGCAGAAUGACCCUAACCUGCUCAGCCGGAGAGAGGUCGCCUCUGUGCUCUUUGACCCUAAAGAUGCAGCCAGCAUGGACAGAAGCACCUUCCAUGCAUUGGGCUGCACAGGACUGGAGGAGAUGACUGGAAUUGAUCCAGCGUUCUGCGAGUUUCACGAAACUCUAUUCAGUCAGGCCUCUCUGACUUUAGAGCGCAGCGUCCAGUCCAAAGAGGUCAACAAGAAACUAGACAAGAGCGUCUCGCUCUUUCUCACUCGGCUGUCACCUUACUUUCUGCUCAAGCCUGCUCUGAAGUGCAUUGAAUGGCUAGUACACAGAUUCCACAUUCAUCUGUAUAACCAGGACAGUCUGAUUGCUUGCGUUUUACCGUAUCAUGAGACUAAAGUGUUUGUACGAGUGAUUCAGCUUUUAAAGAUAGACGAUCCAACCCACAAAUGGCAUUGGCUGCAUGGAAUUCAGAAACCUGGUGUUCCUCUGGCCCGAGGAACUCUGCUCACACACUGUUAUAAGGAUUUAGGCUUUAUGGAUUUCAUCUGCUCUAUGGUCACAAGAUCAGUUAAGGCGUACUCUGAAUUUUUCCACGAUGGGAACUGUCCCCAGCUGAGAGUGAUCUUCUCCUUCUAUGCCUCUACCAUCGUUCCUGCGCUCGACGCUGUAGAAAAGAUAACUGAUCCUAUCAUCGCCAAACUGCUUCCACAUAUACAACUGGGGCUGAAAUCGGAGCUUUUGGACUACAGGGCUGCCACUUACAUGAACGUGUGUCAGCUGGCCGUGAAGGUGGUGAUGGAGGCUCAGUUGGUGGACUCGUUGACUGUGCAGUUGUCCAGGUCUUUGGGUCAAACACCACAACUGGCGAAAGAGGGUCUGAGCUGCAUUAUCAUCCUCCUCCAGAACCAGAAAGAAGGGGUAGUUGGUUUAAAGCCCUUUGGGUAUCUGUGUGCUGUGCCUACCUUGGUGUCCACCCUGCAGAGCAUAUCUGCAGUCCAUGACAUCAGUCCCUUACUGCGAUACCUGCUGCCCCAUCUCAUCCAGACUGUCAUGACACAAGAUGGUGAGCAGCAGAAUGAAGAUUCGUCAUACAUUGUUGACCACCACGGUCUGUUAGAGUCCGUCGUCCAGAACCUUUACCUGAACAGCCACCUCGAGAACACUGUGGCCAAGCUUCUUCUGGAGGAAUAUGUUUCCCGUGGUGACAUGCCCUCUGAUAAGAUUUCAGCUCUGAACCAAAGGAUGCAGUCUACUGUACGACUCUUUGAAUCCAGAUAUCCAUGUGAAAUGGAUGUGGUUUUGGAAAAUCAGGUUAAAAGUGUGUCAUGUGACCAUGAAAAACACCUGCUCCAUCAGUUCAUCUCUCUUUCUGUGAGCUGUGGGAAAUACCAGAUCCUGGAGGAGUCCGACACGUCUCUUAUGCUCAGUCUAAACCAUCCGUUACCUUCAGUGAGAAACAUGGCUGUCAACUACCUGAAAGAGAUCUUCACCUCACAACAUAAUGGCUUCGAUGAAGUGUUUCUGAAGGAUUCGUUGCUGGAGAGAAUAAAGGAUGACGUGCCGGAGGUUGUGAUGUCUGCCAUUACAGCACUGGAGCUUCACUUAGGCUUUGUGGAUUCAGAGGAGACGUCCUCAGGUUUGAUUGCUCUUCUGCACCGCACCAAACCAUCAGCUGAUUGGUGUUUGGUGCUGAAGGAGGCUGUGCGUGUUCUCGAUGACCCGCGUGUGGUCGAGGGCAGGCCGGAUCUGAAGGCGCAGGUUACGUGGGAUCUCCUGCCAUUCCUGGUGGUGAUGGGUGCAGAGCCCGAGUGUUUAGAGCUGCAGCUCGCAUCAUGUGUCGCUGGAACUACUCUGAUCUCCCAGCAUCCUCUGACCAAAGGAUGGGCCAAAGUGCUGAAGGAAGUUCAGGCCAAAACCCCUCCAUCAGACAUGAUGGAGAUGGCCAACCAAAUGCUAACAACAACUCUGAUAAAGAACCUGGCCGACAUGGAUCACACGACCAGACGCAACACUCUUGAGAAUGUGUGUAAGGUCGUGGGCCGUCAGGGCAGCAGCGUGCGGGAGAGAGCAGCGUUUGUCGUCUUGUGCUUCACGCUUCUUCAGAGUCUGGAGUCGAUGACUGAGAGUCAACAUCUGCACACGGCUCAGAGUGUCUACAAACUCCUGGAGCCUUCCCUGCUUCACAUCUCCACGAUCCAGGAGGUGUCUGAUGUGGGGUCGGGUGUGUGCGUGCCGGUGUGUGUUGGCCUGGGUAAGUUCCUGCAGAAGUCGAACUCUGGUCUCAGUGCAGAGCGAGAACACAGCCUCCUGCUUCUCUCACUCCUGCGGCUGUUCAUCACUGCCCUCAAAUGCCCCAAAUCCACAUUUAAAGGUGAGCCCUGGUGGAACCCUGAGAAGAUGGACACUAAUACCUGCUGUUACCUGCAUCUCCUGUGUCGUCUGUUUGAUGUGGUGAUAUCAGGGGCCAGUCAAGGGCCGCUGACCCCUCGCUUCAGGAGCCUAAUGCAGCCCAUCCUACAGGUGCACCUGAACGAGCCCUUGACUCUGUUUAAGUUUCUCGCUCUCCUGUGGGGUUACAACAGUAAUUUAGGUGACCAGCUGGACUGUCGAGUCAGUGCCAUACUGCAAACUCAGGCUCUUUAUGUGGGAAAGGCUUUGCUUUGCAAGCAGCCAAUGAAAACCCUCAAUGUACUGGCAUCAGGUGCCUCACCAGUGGUGCCGUCUCUGCUGGUGUGUUUGCGAUCGGGCGUGUGUGAGGUUCGGAAGGCUUCCAUCGCUGUGCUUCACUCUUUCAGGGGGGUCGUAUCGUCACCUUACCAUCCGCUGGUGGAGCAUCUCCUCAAAUCAUCUGAGGAGAUCAUCGCUGACCCCUCGUACCUCAGCCAGGCACUGUCCAUGGUUUACGAGGAGGCGAUGUUGUUGAAAGGCAAGAGUAAAAAGCUGGCCUCUAUCGAUCAGCUCCUGCAGUGCGUGCAGUUACCCUGUUGCCCCUUAUACACCUCCAAAACUCUGCUGCGGGCCAUUCAGGACAUCCACGGAGAGCAUGUUUUGGAUGCUCUUCUGCCGGCUGUGGAGCGUCUUCUCGAGCAGUGUGCUCCAGACACAUGCACCUUCCUGCCAGAUGAGGCUCUCGUCCUGCAGCUGCUGCUGAGCAAAUUCAACGAGAAGUCUGCACCUUUACUGGCCAAAGAGCCCCGGUGCCUGGACAUCUUCCUCCGGGCUACUGGCACGUCGGCCAAGCCGUACCCCACUAUGCCUAGUUUCCAGAUCAUUGCCCUGGAGCAGAUCACCAAGCCAUUCUUCGCCGCACUUGGAGAUGAAAAGAUUCAGCAGAGAAUUCUUGCCGUUCUUUUUGACUUGCUGGUGGGGAACAAGAACUCUGCCUGUACCCAAGCCGUCAACAGCGUCUUCAAAGUGAUCGCAGUGGAUGCAGAGUUAGUGGCCAAUGAGCUGAUGCCUGCAGAGAAACACCGAGUCGCAGCGAGCGUUCAGCAAGCACGCCGCAGUAAAUUGCAGAGAAAAACACAAGACGCGUCUACGGCAGGACCAGAGGAGGCUGUGGUCUCGUGGCCGAGAGUCACCCUGAUUUUAGAGCUGCUGCAGCACAAAAAGAAGCUGAAGAGAGCUCAGUGUCUCGUGCCGGCUCUCUUUCACCUGCUCUCCAGAUGUCUGGAGCGUGCCGCAGCUGAGCAGGAGAAUAUGGAGUACACCAAACAGCUCAUCCUCAUCUGCCUGCUCAACAUCUGUCACAAACUCUCUCCAGAUGGAGGAGCUGUCAGCAAAGAUGUGCUGGAGGAGGACAAGUUUAACGUGGAGCUGGUGGUGCAGUGUGUCCGAAUGUCAGACGUUCCCCAAACUCACCAUCACUCCCUGCUGCUGCUCGGAGCUUUAGCUGGAAUCUUUCCUGAGAAAGUUCUUCACAACAUCAUGCCCAUCUUCACUUUCAUGGGCGCCAACAUCAUGCGACUGGACGAUGCUUACAGUUUCCAGGUCAUCAAUAAGACUGUACAGGCGGUCAUCCCUGCUCUUAUAAAGGCCCAUAAGGAUGGCGGUGUCCAGUCUGACGCCAACAUGGAGAUGGUGGUGACGCGUAUUAUGCACGUGUUCGUUGAUGCUCUCCCGCAUGUGCCCGAGCACAGGCGCUUACCCAUCCUCAGUCAGCUGCUGGGCACGCUGGGCCCGUCUCACUUCCUCUGGGUCCUGAUGCUGCUCAUGUUCAAGCAACACGUCACGCAGACGUCCGUCAACGCCGCCGGGCCUGAAAAGGAGUCUGUUGUGGAGAGAGAUCAGGACUUCUGGAUCUCAGUGUGCUGCGAGUUUGAAGUGAAGGAGCAGCUCGCCUCCCUCAUCCGGGUGCUGCAGUACCUCAUGACUCUACCGCAGGACAGCGAGGAAGAUUCUGAGAAAAAGCAUACUCGAGGAAGAAGUGCAGUGAAGAAGGAAGAGACCGUCUCCGAACUGAUUUUCAACGUUCAAGCUCAUAGUGGCAAAGAACUCCGUCAUUUUAAAUUCCUCUCCGUCUCUUUCAUGGCUCAUCUCCUGGCCUCUGACAAAUUUGUUGGAAAGGUCGCGGACUGUGAGGACAUUAAAGACGUCGCCUUACAGAAUCUUCAGCAGCGUCUGCUGGAGGAGGUUCUGCGCUAUAUCCAUACAGUUGCACGAUGUGUGGAGGAUAACUCGGACAAACCCACGGCGAAGUUCUGGAGAGCUCUGCUCAGCAAGUCCUAUGACACCCUGGACAAGGUGAAUGCCCUUCUGCCCAUGGACACCUUCAUCACAGUCAUGAGAGGGCUGAUGGGUAAUCAGUUGGCUUCGGUGAGGAGGAAGGCCAUGGAGUUGCUCAAUAACAAACUUCAGCAGAGGACUCAGUGGCAGGAUGAGCAGAUUACUGUGCUUCUUGAACUCAUCGGUGAUCUCCUGCAUAUUGUGGGUCACGGUCAAGUCAUGGCACGGGAAGAAGAAGAGCAGGCCAUCAAUCGACAGACGGCCCUUUACAGCCUCAAGCUUCUGUGCCGCAGUUUUGGCUCAAACCACCAGGAGCUGUUUGUCCCCGUGCUGAACAAAGCGGUGGAGCUGGUGGCUAAUAAAGACGAGGAGAAGAACGUCAUGGGAAGUGCUCUGCUGUGUGUGGCGGAGGCGGUCGGCACGCUGAAGGCUCACGCUAUACCACAGUUACACAGGUUAAUGCCUGCUGUGCUGAGCACUCUGAAGAAGAGGAAGGAUCUGUUGACCAAUGAAGUCUAUCUGCUGAGUGCCGUCACGGCCCUACAGCGCGUGUCCGAGACCCUGCCGCACUUCAUUAGCCCCUACCUGCAGGACACCAUCUCGCAGACCACUCGCUUAACUCUGUUAGCGGUGCGACUGACGUCCUGCCCUCAGCUCACCGUGCGUCUCGCGUCUCUCAGCAACACUCUUGCCACAAAAGUGCCAUCCAGGGUCCUCAUUCCCACCAUCACCAAAUGCUACUGUGGCAUGGUGGAUAAGCACCAGAACUGUCUUAGUCCGCUGAUGAACAUCUUGAAGGAACACAUCGCUCAAAUGGACAAGGACCAACUCAACAACCACCAAUCAGAGCUCACUUCCUUCUUCCUGUCCGCUCUAGACUUCCGCGCCCAGCAUUGCCAGGGAGAUCUGAAGAAGGCCGGUGAGAUCGAGGGCAGUGUGAUCGACUGUCUGCUGGGGAUGGUUAUGAAACUUUCAGAAGUCACGUUUAGACCUCUCUUCUUCAAGUUGUUUGAUUGGUCAAAGUUAGAUGGUGCUUCUAAAGACCGUCUGCUGACCUUCUAUAGACUGGCAGACCGGAUCGCAGACAAACUCAAAGGACUGUUUGUGCUGUUUGCCGGGCAGCUGGUCAAACCAUUUUCUGACCUACUCCGUCAACUCAACACUGCCCACACAGACGAGGCCUUCUUUGAUUCCGAUGACGAGGAUAAUGCGACGAAGAGUAGUCUGCUUCUGCAGUAUAUGUUGGACUGCCUCCAUAAGAUCUUCCUCUAUGAUACACAGCGCUUCCUCAGUAAAGAGAGGGCUGAUGCACUCUUGAGCCCUCUGGUGGAUCAGUUGGAGAAUAUGCUGGGAGGAGAGGAGGUCUACAAGAUCCACAUCACCAAACAUUUGGUGCCCUGCAUCGGCCAGUUUGCCGUUGCCAUGGGAGACGACUCGCAGUGGAAAGUUCUCAAUUAUCAGAUUCUCCUCAAGACACGUCACGGCUCACCCAAGGUGCGUUUCUCAGCGCUGGUCAUGUUGCUGGAGUUGGCCAGAAAACUAAAGGAGAACUACAUGGUUCUUCUGCCGGAGACCAUCCCAUUCCUGGCUGAACUCAUGGAGGAUGAGUGUGAGGAAGUUGAACACCAGGUGCAGAAGGUCAUUCAGGAGAUGGAGACUGUUCUCGGUGAACCCCUGCAAAGCUACUUUUAAAAUCUCUAUUGUUUCAGCCCUGUUAAGAUGCUUGAAGUGUUUGUCCAGUGUCUCUUAAUGAUUUACUUCAUGAACUGAUUUGCUGACCAUGCGUGACUGUGACCGGCAGCUCCAGCAGCACAUCUCGUCUUCAGACAGACAGCUCGACUUCUUUUGUGCAUGUAAAUGCUUUAGAUUUUAGCCGCAUGUCUUCCCUCAAAACGAAUAUAAUGACAUGUGUUGUGUUUAAAUGUCUAGUGUUUUUAAAAAGAAACUAUUUUAUGGCAUUGAAUGUCAUUUUGUAAUGCAUACCAAUGAAAAAGAUCUGGAAAACAUGCAUCUAUAUUUUGAUUUAUGAGACAUAAAUAGGGUAUAAAGUAAUUAUGAAAUCUAAAUGUGAUACAAAUUCGUAAUCUAAACGUAUUCAGUGUUUUCUCUGAAAUGACUUGUUUUGGGCCGAUGUCACCAAUCCCUCAGGCAUCCAUCGUCCAGCUUCUUUCUGCUAUGAAAUUCCCAUAAAUACAAUAACACACAAAAUAAUCUGUGUUGUCUGUUUGUACUCUGCAAAAAAGUUCUUUGAACAUCAGUUCAUGUUUGUGUUCUUGACUAAAUCAAUAUGCACCCAAUAAAACUUUGAUA